GAAUUUGUCGAAAGUCACCAAGUUUCGUUGUACGGACAUUAAGUCAAAUUUUACAUGUACUCUGUAUUUCCCUAAAAGACGACAUGUCGCACAAGAAAGCGCUUACUUUGCUUGGCUCCAAGGGACCUAUCUACAUCCUUGCAACUCGAUGUUUCUUUUCCACCGAUUCUGCAAGCAAAGUUAGCAACUUGAAGAACACAAACCACUUUGAGUUGGUUGAAAUGAGUGGUUGGUCAAGGGUGGUACUGACUCCUGAUCCAAGCACAUCUUUGGCCCAUUGUGUCAGUGCAGACUUUGACAUGAGUGAUGGUAUUGCUAAGAAGUUUAAAAAGAAGUUUGGGAAUUAUCAGGAUCUUGUCACAAAAGGUCUGUAUUUUCAAGAAGAAGGAAAAGUGGGUGACAUUGCUGUGUUGGAGAGAAAUGAAUCAAGCUUUGUGUACUAUUUGAUCACCAGAGAAAACUGGUGGGACCAUGCCACACCCUCAUCAAUGCGCGGCUGUUUGAUGCAGUUGAGGAAGCACUGCCAGGAGAAUGGAGUUGAUAAGUUGGCUAUUCCCCGCUUAGGGACUGGAGCAGACAGAAUUGAUUGGCCUUUUGUAAAGAGAAUUGUAGAAGAAGUUUUCAAGGAAACAGACAUUUCAAUUACGGCAUACACAUACAGAUAGUCUUUCCCAUGUGGCAUAAAUAAUACUGUUCAUUUACUGAUAUUAACCCUUUAGGCUACAAUAGUGACCAGCAUCUAAUUUCUCCUAACAAUAUCAUUGCCUGAUCAAAUGUACAGAUCAUGAGAAUGAAUGAAAUGAUUACCAAAGAUGAAAUGUCUUGAUGUUUGUACAAAUUCUCUCAAUCAGUUAAAUAACAAACAUAUGGAGAACAGUGACGAGAAUAUAUAUAUUUAUUUAAAGGGUUAAAGAAUCAAAGACGAGGCUAGAGCGAGAAUGUGUGUGGUGGCCUGGGUUCUAAACAUUAAUUCGAGUCGCUUCACGUUAUGGACGAUGAUAUUGAAAAACAUCUGAACUUCAUUGUUCAAAUUUGAAAUUCUCUUGUGCAAAACAUGCCCAAGAACUGCACUUUUCACGUUAUUAUUUCCUGUCUUUAGUUAGGUCGCAUUUGAAAGGUUUGCCCAAAGACCUUUUAAUGGAUAUAUUUAAGGAUUUAGAUAACUUGAUAAUGAGUCCUUUGUGUCGCGCAAAAUUUUCUUCUAUAUGGAGACAACUACAUGUAGGGCGCUUUCCAGUAGUGUAUCUUAAAACAAAAUCCGAAAAAUUCCCUCGUCAAAUUAGAGCACAGGAAAAUAUCCUAAGCGGCUAGUGAGAACUCAAAAUGAAAACCAUUGAAUGGCUUGAAGCGCGUGAAAAUACAAGUGAUUAGGACAGGAUUAGUGUUAGUUUUGCAUCCGAUCGUUAAGUUCUCUUGACCAAUAAAAGAGCGAAGGGGAGAGAAACCAACACAAUCCUGGAUAGCAUUCAACAAUUAUUUUGUAUGUAAGUUAAGACAGAAAGAAAACACGAAAGUGAUGGCCGCAAAUCUAAAAACGAAAAUGAUAGCGACGAAUGAAGAAGUUGAAACAAUUAAAACGGUUGCAAAUA